AUGAAGAGGUCGUCGAAAACGAAGGAGAAGAUCGGCAAGGCCGACAAGAAGGCCAAGCGUAACGUGAAGAUCAAAUUCACACUUCAGCUCAAAUCGCUGCUCAAUCUCUCCCCCGCACUCAACGACUCGGAUGUCAGCGUUGCCUGGAAGCGAGGCUCCAAGAAGACCAACAAGGGUGAGUCGGAAGGAGCACGAGUGAAGCACGGCGCCGCGGAGUGGAAGAAGCCGCAAGCGGUCAGCAUCGACGCCACACUGAUCCAGUACCCCACGCUGCACAAGUUCCAGCAGAAGACGAUCGAGUUCACGCUCAAGCAGUCGACGGACAAGAAGAAGGCGAACGCUGUGACCACCUUCGAAGUCGAUCUGGCCCAGUAUGCCACGGACAAGACGGACGAGUUGGUCACGUUCCCCAUCGUGGCAUCCAAGGUCAAGUCCAAGUCGUCUGGUCCUCUCCCGCCCAUCAGCCCAACAAUCACAUUCAAUAUCAAGGCCGAGUGGCUGAAGAUAGGCAACAAGAAGAUUGUCAGCCGGAGCAAGCGCGGCGAUGACGACGACUACGACCUGCAGACCGAUGCGGAUGACGACGACCAGAGCGAGACCGACAUCGACGAUUCGGAUAUGGAGUCCGACUCAGACAUGGACGACAGCGACGGCGAUGACAAGUCGAAAGGCGGCGGCGGCAUGGACGGCCUCUCGUACUCGCUCGACUACCCGGUGGCCGCGCCCAGCGCGAUCCCCCUCGCCGGCAGCGGCGGCAGCGGGCUAGGCAUCAGCAUGCAGAACGGGCUCAACAAGGAGAUCGAGAAGGAGCUCAAGCAGCUGCAGAAGGAGGUGCGGGACCUCAAGAAGGAGAUGGCCGAGCGCGACCAGGCCAUGGUCGAGCUGAUCGAGCUCCGCGCCCGACUCGAUACAUCUACGGCGGCGGGCGACAAGAAAAAGAACUCGGGCGGCGGCGGCGGCUCGGUUCGCGGGUGGAAGGAGAUCAAGAAGGAGAUGACCGACCUCAAGCGGUGGAUCGAGAAGAAGGACGACGAGGCCGCCAGCCUGCGCAAGGAGCUCGAGAAAGGCGGCGGCGGUAAGGGGAAGAAGGGCAGCGCCAAGGGCGACAAGGAGAACGGCGACGGCAGCGGUGGCGGCGGCGGGGCCGACGAGCUGGAGGAGACCAAGAAGCGGCUCAAGGAGCGCGAGGAGGAGCUCAAGCGGGUGAUGAAGCAGGCCGAGCAACAGGAGGAGGAGCUCGAGAAGAUGCAGCAGAUCGUCGACACCGUCACUCGAUCCGGUGACAAGUCCGGCACGAUCAAGCUCACGAGCGCGCAGCUGAAGACGAUGAGCGGCGAGCUGAAGGUGAAGAAGGAGCUCGAGCUCGAGCGGGAGAAGGCCAAGCAGAAGGAGAAGGAAUUAGAUUCCUCCGUCCGCAUGCUCAAGACCAAGGAGGACGAGGUCAAGAAGCUCACCAAACACAACGAACAACAGGAAAAGAAAAUCAAAAAGCUCCAGGAGGAGCUGGAGCAGUUGAAGCAGGAGGCGGGCGGCCACAAGAAGGUGGCCGACGGGUCCGACGGCACGUCCGGCGUGGGCAGCCCGGGCGGCGGCCUGCUGGGCCGACGCAAGAAGUCCAACGAGGACUUGCCGCCACUCUACGGCGAGGGCAGCGACUCGGGCACCUGGAAGGUGGGCGGAGGUGGAGGCGUCAUCAGCACCAUCCGACGCAAGGCCCUCUCGCCCCGUCAGGCCUUCCGCAGCAACGGCGACGCCGAAACCGACGACGACGAUGUGAGCGAUAGGAGUGAGGGCGGCAGCGAGAAGUCGAAGAAGAAGAAAAAGAAGAAGGACAAGGGCAAGGAAAAGGAGCCGAUCAGCGACGAAAACGAGAUUCUGGAGAAGUGUAUCUAUUGUGCGGACCCGACCAAGUUCUUCACCUACGAGGUGUCGCUUCCUAUGGCCUCGAGCAUGGACCUCAAUCUCUCCGGCCCUGCGCAAGUCACGAUGCAGGCCGGCAUUCCCGUAGCGGCGAAGGACCUGUUCAUGUUCCUGCGCGAAACGGAGGCCCUCAUGGCCCACGCCCUCAACCAGCCGCUCCUCCAGCGCAUCAUCAACGCCCUUUUCAUCGCCGUCGAGAACGCCAGCAUGCAGUGCUAUUGGAUGGCCUUCUGCCUCUCCCUCAUCAAUCAGAUCGGGUCGGACAAGCAGAUCACGCUGCAGCCGGGCCUGGACGUGAAGCUGCUGAGCAAGCUGAAGAACUACGAGAAGAAGGGCAUCCUGUUCGAGGUCAACUCGGCCAAGCCGCCCAAGCGGCCCGAGGACGUGCUCACCUACUUCGUGCGCCAGAUGAACGUCGUCGCCCUCCGCGCCUUCCUCAACCUCCACCUCCAGCUCCGGGUGCAGAUCGUGCCCAUCCUGCUCCCCUCGAUCCUGGGCCAGCACAACGUGCUCAAGGCCCACUUUGCCGCCAACGUCGACAUGUCGUCGCCGGCCCUCCUGGCCGUCAAGUUCACGCCCAAGGACAUCACCCGCCUCCUCUCCAGUUACAUGGACGACUUUGCCCGCAACUACAUCUUCCCCAGCGUCAUGAAGCAAUUCCUCCUCUCCAUCUACAGGUCGAUCAACGUGGCGAUCUUUAACGCGAUCAUGUCACGCAAGGAGCUGUGCACGGCGUCGAACGGGUACCAGAUCCGGUUCGGCCUGGCGCAGCUGACGGCGUGGCCGUUCGAGAUCACCCCGACGGCCGCCUCGUCGGCCGCCGGCGUGACCCCGCCGCCGCAGUCGCCCCGCGACGGCAGCGGAUCGGCACAGCAGGGCCACGUCCACGCGCCCGGGUCGCCCCGCACGCCGCUUCCCGUGUCGGCCAUCUACUUUGAUGUCAUCGACGCCGGCCCCAUUGUGCAAGAGCUGGAGCCCACGCUGGAGGCUGCGGGCGUGCUGGUGCUGGACAAGACGCAGCUCAACUCGGACGACGGCCUGCGCCACGCGGCGCCCUUCCUCCACCCGGUCCACCUCAACCACCUCCUCCUCUCCUUCACCCCCGACGAGCUGUCACCCAAUCCGGUGCCGGACAAGCCCAAGAAGCUGCUCUCCAUGAUCAUCUCUCGGGAAACGAAUCUGCCGCCGCUGCAGCUGCCCGACAUCCCGCCGGUCCGGUUCCCGUCGCCGUUCGACGGGGACGGCAGCCGGGCGCCUGCCAGGCCCGGGGUGCCGCCCCUCCCCAGCGGUCCAUCUGUCCUGGCCAGCCGCGGUUCGCAAGUGAGCAAGGGCGGCGGCAACAGCAGCGGAAGCGACGGCCGAGGCGACUACGACAGCGACGCUACGAAGCCACAGCAGCCGCCCCCGCCGCAGCGAUGGCAGCCCGCCACGUCGCGCGGAGGCGGUGGACGAGAACCGCAGCUCGAGGAGGAGGACGAACUGUACCAUGGGAACGGCUACGGCAGCAGCAGCAGCAACAACAACAACUACGACGAUGAUGAGGAUGACGAUGACGACUACAACCACCGAGCGGCGGCUGCGAAGAAGAAGCGGGGCACGACCAAGGCGGGAGGAGGCUACGGCGGCGGCGGCUACAACCCCUACAGCGAUGACGACGACGAUUCACGCGGCGGACUCAUGUAG